AUGGUACUUUUUUGUUUGACGGUUCUCCUUGGAGCGGCUUUUCGUAUUAUCGAAGCAGCUUCCCUGCCAAUUGUUGACCUAGGAUAUGAGCUACACCAGGCGAGCUCAUUCAAUAAUGAACAUGGUUGGUACAACUUCAGCAACAUUCGAUAUGCUGCCCCGCCUCUGGGUCAACUUCGCUUUCGGCCACCUGUACCACCCAUGACAGAUCGGUCUGAAAUCCAGACAGGAAAUGUAGGCAGAGUAUGUCCUCAGGUAGAGAUGCCCCAGUGGGCUACUACUGCUUAUGCCUUUAUCGUAAAGACAUUAUAUGGAUACACGUUGAAUGCCAGUGAUUCAGAGUUCUCCAUUAUCAACGGGCCGGGAGUUCACGAUGGCCGAAUCACUGAAGACUGUCUGUUCCUGGAUGUCAUUGUCCCCAAGAAGAUAUACGAAAGAAGAAGGCAAAACUGUACAACAAAAGCUUUAGCUCCGGUUCUGGUCAGUAUUUACGGUGGUGGAUAUGUGAUGGGAGACAAAAACACCAUCGAUCCAACUGGGCUUAUGAAGCGCAGCAUGCAAGAGGAUGAUGGGUUUAUUUGGGUUUCCUUUAAUUACAGGGUUGGGGCAUUUGGAUGGCUUGCCAGUGACGCCACCACAGAACAUGGAGUUGCCAAUGCUGGCUUGCAUGACCAACGCCUUGCUCUUGAAUGGGUGCAAAACAAUAUCCAUCUCUUUGGUGGUGAUGCGAACCAGGUCACUGUUAUUGGACAGUCUGCAGGAGGCGGAUCCAUUAUUCAUCAGAUAGUUGCGUACGGAGGCAGUGUGCCAGGAACCUUCCAGAAAGCUAUCGUUCAGAGCCCUGGGCUGUCUUUUACCACUGGAGAGCAGCAAAAUGAGACGGCAAACCAACUCCUGCGCAUUCUGAAUGUCAGUUCCAUCGAAGAAGCCCGCCAACUGCCUACCGAGAGCCUCAUCGCUGCGAAUUCGUAUCAGAUCACGAAUCUUUCUACCUUUGGUUCAUUCUCCUAUGGCCCUGUGACUGAUGGUAGAUUUGCACCAGACAUCCCUGCUCGCCUUCUCACAGAUGGUCGAUUCAACAAAAAUAUUCGAUUAAUUGUGGGCCAUAACGCGGAUGAGGGUUUGUUCAUUACAGCUCCCGAGACGAGCAACAGCAGCGUUCUGACUACACUUGUCGGCGAGGCCUUCCCGAACUUUGGCUCCAAUCUUACCAACCAUAUUACCAAUAACCUCUAUCCUCCUGUUUACAACGGGUCCUACGGCUACAACAGUCCUCUGUGGAGAGCAGACUUACUGUUUUCUGAGGCCUACUUUACAUGCAGCACCAACGCCCUUAGUAGAGCCCUACCGAAUCAGACCUACCCUUACAUAUUUAGUGUCUAUCCAGCGCUCCACAGCAUGGAUUCUUCAUAUGUUUGGUACGAUGGGUCAAGCUCAGCAGUUGGAAAUGCAACGAUCGCAUACAUAAUGCAGGAUUAUAUUGUCAAUUUUAUUAAAGGUGGAACUCCUCUGUCUACCAUUGGCCCUCCCUUCAGACCAUGGAGUGUGAGCGGUUCCGUGCUGGAUAUUAACACAUCCGGUGUCACUGAGAUGAAGGAUCCUACUGAUAAUGAUCACUGCCGUUUCUGGCAGCGAGCCCCGUACUAG